GAAUUAUUGCAGCAACUUGUUUUCAUGCUAUUCCAACUAUCUCAUUAGAAAUGUUUUUUCAUUUGUCCAUCUCUUUUACCAUAAUAUUUUUAUAAUCACACUAAUAUCAAUUAGAUCAGUAUUUCAUCAAUACCUCUUAAAAUCUUGUCGUGAGCUUUGCUUCAAGCUUUAGAAUUUUGUUAUUUAUUAUUACUAUUCAUUCACAUCUUAAUCUCUCUUUUGCUAAUAGAUCUUCAUUUCCUUCCAACUUUUGCUAAUACAACAUGGCUGCAACUAUGAUAGGAAGUGCUUUCCUCUCUGCAACUGUUCAGACCUUAGUUCAGAAACUUGCUUCCAAAGAGUUUCUUGAUUACAUCACAAACACCAAGCUAGAUCUCUCACUCUUGAAACAGAUAAGGCUAACACUUCUCACUCUUCAACCUCUCUUAGAUGCUGCAGAGGAGAAGCAAAUCAACAUUCCUUCUGUCAAAGACUGGCUUGAUGGCUUGAAAGAUGCUGUUUACGAUGCUGAAGAUCUGCUCAACCAAAUCAGCUAUGAUUCCCUUCGAUGCCAGAUGGAGAACACGCAACCUGCAAUCAAAACUAAACAGGUGUGGAACUUCCUUUCUUCUCCUUUUAAAAAUAUCUAUGGAGAGAUCAAUUCCCAAAUGAAAGAUAUGUGUGAAACCCUGAAACUUUUUGCACAACAUAAAGAUAUUGUUAGUUUGCAAAUUAAAAGUGUCAGAGUUUCUCAUAGGCGACCUUCAAGUUCUAUGGUCAAUGAAUCUGUCAUGGUUGGUAGAAAAGAUGACAAAGAGAUAAUAAUGAACAUGUUGGUAUCAGAAAAUGGCACUAGAAAGAAAAAUAUAGAGGUUGUUGCAAUUUUAGGUAUGGGAGGUGUCGGAAAAACAACACUUGCACAACUUGCUUACAAUGAUGAAAAAGUUGAAGAUCACUUUGAUCUUAAAGCAUGGGCUUGUGUAUCGGAGGAUUUUGAUGUUUUUAGAGUAACCAAAACCCUCCUUGAAUCUGUUACUUCAAAAACAUGGGAAACCAAUAAUCUUGAUUUUCUUCGAGUUGAGUUAAAGAGAAAUUUGAGGGAUAGGAGAUUUUUCGUUGUGUUGGAUGACUUAUGGAAUGACAGUUAUAUUGAUUGGGAUGAACUUGUAUCUCCGUUGAUUAGUGGAAAAACUGGAAGCAGAGUGAUCAUCACAACACGCCAAGAAAAAGUGGCAAUUAAUGCACACACAUUUCCUAUUCAUAAAUUAGAUCCUCUAUCGGAUGAAGAAAGUUGGUCUUUACUCUCCAAACAUGCAUUUGGAGGCACAGAGUUUUGUGAAACUAAAUGUCGAAACCUAGAAGCAAUUGGCAGGAAGAUUGCAAGAAGGUGUGGUGGAUUGCCAAUAGCUGCAAAAACACUUGGAGGUCUACUCCGUUCAAAAUUAGAUACUAAAGAAUGGAUUGAAGUUCUGAACAACGACAUAUGGAAGUUACAAAAUGAUAACAUUGUGCCUGCAUUGCUCCUGAGUUAUCAAUAUCUUUCCUCUCAAUUGAAAAGUUGUUUUUCUUAUUGUUCUAUUUUUCCAAAGGACUACCCACUUGAUAGGAAGCAAUUGGUUUUGUUAUGGAUGGCAGAAGGCUUCCUUGAUCAUUCCCAAGACGACAAAACCAUGGAAGAAGUAGGUGAUGAGUGUUUUACUGAGUUAAUAUCCAGAUCAUUGAUUCAACAAUUGCACAAUGACUCUAGUGGGCAAACUUUUGUUUUGCAUGACCUUGUUAAUGAUUUAGCUACGGCCGUAUCUGGAAAAAGUUGUUAUAGACUUGAAUUUGGUGCUAAGAGCUAUGAAAAUGUGCGCUACUUGUCAUAUAAUCAAGAAAGAUGCGACACUUUCAAGAAGUUUAAGAAUUUUUACCAAUUCAAAUGCUUGAGAAGCUUCAUAGCCAUUGACUUUAGGGGGUGGAAAGAAUACUAUUUAUCAAGAAAGGUGGUUGAUGAUUUGCUACCCACAUUUGCAAGGUUGCGCGUGUUAUCGUUAUCAAGAUAUGUAAACAUUACCAUGCUGCCGGAUACAAUUGACAACCUAGUGCAAUUGCGCUAUCUAGAUCUCUCUCUCACUAAUAUCACAAGCUUGCCUGACACCAUAUGCAACCUCUACUACUUGCAAACCUUGAUUUUAUCUUGGUGCUCAAAACUCAAAGAAUUGCCAGAACAUAUUGGAAAAUUAAUUAAUUUGCGUCAUCUUUAUAUUGAUAUGACAAGCAUAAUAGAGAUGCCGAAGCAAAUUGCUAAACUAGAAAACCUUCAAACUCUAACGGUUUUUGUUGUAGGCAAAAAAAAUAUUGGUUUAAGUGUCAAAGAGCUUGGGAUGUUUCCUAUGCUACGAGGAAAAUUAUUCAUCAAAAACCUACAAAAUGUCAUUGAUGUAAUGGAGGCAAGUGAUACCAAUUUGAAGAGAAAAGAGCAUAUUGAGGAAUUGACACUACAGUGGGGCGAGGAAGUUGAUGACUCACUUAAAGUAAAAGAGGUGCUUAGUAAGUUACAACCAUCACCAACUCUGAAGAAGCUUAGCAUUGACUUAUAUGGUGGGACAAGUUUUCCAAGUUGGUUGGGAGAUCCUUCAUUUUCUAAUAUGGUGUCCCUUUGCAUUGAUAAUUGUGUGAAUUGCACGACACUUCCACCACUAGGGCAGCUACCUUCUCUUAAGGACUUGAAGAUUGCUAGAAUGACAAUUUUGAAGACAAUCGGGCAGGAGUUUUAUGGCAUGGUAGCAGGAGGUUCCAAUUCUCCGUUCCAACCAUUUUCUUCCCUUGAGAAGCUGGUAAUUGAGGAAAUGUCAAAUUUGGAGGAAUGGUAUCCUUUUCAAGGCAGCAUAUUUCCUUUUCUCCGUCUUAAAAAUCUGGAGUUAUUUUACUGCCCUAAACUGAGGGGUCACCUGCCUAGUCAACUUCCUUCCAUAGAAAAGAUUGAAAUGGAUGGUUGUGAUCAUCUCUUGGCAACACCACCUACUCAACAUUGGCUCUCCUCAAUAAAAAAGAUAUAUAUUGUGGGAGAUUCGAAUUCAGAAAGCAAUACUGAAUGGACCGAAUGCUCAUUGCUUGGGAGUGAUUGUCCAUGUCUAUUGCAAGAAAUAGAUAUAACGAGCUGUCAUAUGAUAAAAUCUGUACCUAAAAUGGUUAUUAACAGCACCUGUCUUCAACAGUUGACUCUCCAUGGUAUUAGUUCUCUCACUGCGUUUCCAACAAAUGGUUUACCCAGUUCUUUGCAAUCACUUGAUAUUGGCGAGUGUGAGAAUUUAACAUUCCUACCUCCCGAAACAUGGAGCAACUACACAUCACUUGUAUCUCUUCAUUUAGACAAUAGCUGCAAUUCACUUACCUCAUUCCCAUUGAACUGUUUUCCUAUGCUCCAAAAUCUUUCCAUCAGUAAAUGUAGGAGUUUGGAAUCUAUUUUUAUUUCAAAAACAUCCUCUUGUAGCUUGUCAACCCUCAAAUCAUUUUAUGUCAAUGAUUGUGAAACACUUAGAUCGCUGCCUCAACGGAUGGACACCCUUACCGCUCUUGAAAAUAUAUUUCUCUGCAAUCUUCCAAAUUUGAAUUUAUCAUUAUGUGAAGGAGCUUUCCUACCUCCUAGUUUACAAUCCAUUGCUGUUGAUUCUGUGAGAGUAACAAAGCCGGUAACAGAGUGGGGUCUCCAUGGUCUUACUGCUCUUUCAUUAUUGUAUAUCAAAGGUGAUGAUAUUGUUAACAUGUUGCUCAAGGAGUCGUUGUUGCCUAUUUCUCUUGUGAAUCUAGAGAUCACUAAUCUCUCUGAAAUGAAAUUCUUAGAAGGAAAUGGACUUCGACACCUCUCCUCUCUAGAAGGGCUUUACCUUUAUCAUUGUUCAGAGCUUGUGUCAGUAUCAGAAAAAAUCUUUCCCUCCUCGCUGAAAAUACUCUAUUUCGAGGAUUGUCCAAAACUAGAGUCAUUGCCAGAAGACAGCCUCCCUCCCUCUUUAGAGCAUUUGUUCAUUAGAGAUUGUCCAUUGUUAGAAGAAAGAUAUAAAAGGAAGGAACAUUGGUCCAAAAUUGCUCACAUCCCAGUCAUAAGAAUAAAUGACCAAGUCACAAUAUGAGCCAUGGGGAUUGAGAAAUCAAGGAAAUGAAUAAACCAAUUUCAGUCCAGGUAAUUCAAUUGGGUGUGUUUGUUCUUGUGGUUGGCUGACAUAGAUUGCUAGAUGAAAAGGAGAGCAGAAUUUGGUUGCUCAAGAACGUGACUUAUUCAGUUUUCUGAUUCUGUUGCACUUACAUGUUCUGAUGAAUGCAGUGCUUAACUUUACCAUAUAAAUGUUAUGUGUUUUCUUUCUAUCUUAAUCAUGUGAAGACCUUAAUGUAUUGUAUUAUCGAAUGUAUCUUUUGAACUAUACUACAGUGAGUAUUACUUGUAACAUAACCAGAUACAAUUAUCACGUUCUUGUGCUUUUAGUCAAUGAUACAGGUUGUUAUUUUUGAUGUUUGGUCAAACAUAUAUUCUCAUAUUAUUGAUGGUGUAAUGAUUGUUGCAGUUUUAUGAUUUCUUAUAAUAUAAGUAGAGUAGCUUUAUAUUGGAAUAGGCUCUUUUAGGAUACUGGCAACAUGCAUUUCUUUGAUAACUGGAAGGGUCAAUGGUUUGGUCUGAUUGUUGGACCAGGUAUGCUAUUGAAUCGGCGAGAACUGGAAAAAAUCGAUGAAUCAGCGAUUUUAGAAAACCGACGGUUCAAAUGCAUUUUUUUUCCCAUACAAAACAACGCCAUUUUCAUGAUUUUUAAAAAAAUAUAUAAUUAAAAUAUAAUUAGAUUUUAUUCAAACCUUAUUUUGAACAACUUUUUUCUGUUUGCUAUUAGAUCUGGUUUAAAAUUUAUUUAAAUUUAUAUUUUGUGUUAUUUUGUUGUGAGUGAUGAUUAUAUUUAGAAUUUGAAUGUAAAGAAUAAACAUGUGAAAUUAUGAUAUUUUGAUAUUUUGAAAUUUUGUAGGUGUUGCGAUAUUAGAGAUUGAGUCAUCAGGUUCGACCGAUUUAAUAAAUAUAUAGUAUUGCAAUAGAGACUGAUUUAUUCUAUUGAGUUAUCAGGUUUAAUUCAAUUUAGUCAUGUGGUUCGACCAGUGAUCCAGUGGUUCAACCAAUGAACCACUGACCCAGUGUUGACUGGUAAUUUCGACAUAAUC